UGUGUGUGUGUGUGUGUACUGGCUGGACCUUCGCUUGAAUGAAUCUCCAAGUGCGCAACAACUCCAAAGAAAAUAUCUGGGCUUCAAUUCUCUCUCUAUUACAAAAACAGUUAGACCCACCCUUACGUUUUUAUGCAAGCAUCACAAAAACAAGGGGUCUGUCCAGCCCCCUUCUCCCCAUAGGAGCUUUUAUUGAGCGUCUUCGGUCACUCCAUAAACAGCUCUGUUCCCAUCAGCCACGAGCUUUCUAGGAUUCCCAGAAACGACCUUCGAGAAUCUUAUAAAAACGCCAUCUGGAGCUGUUUUGGACAUCUGGUCAGUCCAUCCCACUUAAGGCAAGGCAUGUUGUGUACUAUUUUUUUCUUCUUCUACCCCUACCCCUAACCCUUUCCUCUGCAGUGCUGUUGAGCAUUCAGGAUUGUAUCAAGCUGUGCUGCUCUUCUCUCCAGACACACUUUUUUUUGUAUUAUAUCCGCCCACUUCCUCUCCUCACAAAGAUGUUUUUCUUCACCAGCAUCUGUAUUCCCGCAAAACGUUCCAUUAAUCCAGGGGGAUCAGAUCAUGUUUCAUACAAACUCUCUCACUAUUAUCCAAGUCUGUAAGGGGCCAUUAUAAUCGUUGAUCUGGACUGUUGAUUGUAAUGUUUUUGUUUUUUAGUACAUCAGUUGAGUUUUAGGUGGGUUUUCAGGAUGUCAAGCAACCAAAUGCCAUCUGCUGACUCGGAUCCUCCCAAAUUCCAUCGACUGUUCAAGUUUUAUGACCCUGAAGUGGUGGCACUUACGACAAUAUUAUUAGGUUUGUUCCAGCUCCUCCUGACUAUACCAGCCUACAGCAUCAGCAUUGAUAUAAAAUAUUUCUUUAUAUGCCCACUCUGUGUUGGUUCUGUGUCUGUGACUGCUGGAUCAUUUGGUAUGGCAUCUGAAAGAACUCCUAAGAGAGAACUGUUAAAAAAUUCUCUGAUCUUUGGUCUUGCUGGCCUGGUGGGGACACUGAUUGGACUUGUUCUGUAUGGUUAUGCUGCAAGUAUCUCUCUGGACCUCCCUCCUUGCUCCCUUGAUGAAUACUCUUGUCCAGAAACAAUCUUUCAAAGUUUUUACAAAGCCAUCUCCGGGCAGCUGUUGUUUUAUAAUAUUGCAGCUCUGGUUCUUCAUUGUUUUCUAUCGUUUUCUGCAUUUAAAGGACUGAGAAUACAUUGAGAUUACAUUUUCCAUACACCAGGCACUUCUCUUUUAGCCACAGAUGUUUAUGAGCAUCUAAUCCUUUAUAUUUUAUUUAGUAUUUUGCCUCAAAA